AUGAAUUUCGACGAAAGGUAUCUUCAGCAGAAUCGAUUUCAAGCCUUGCCACUUGAGCUAGCACUCCAAAUCGUUGGAAGCACGCUAGGGUAUCUCUUUGCCAAUUAUAUGACGCCUAACGGCCUCGUGUGGUGUACACGAAACCACCUUUUGUCUAUAAUUGGCUUUGAAACCCUAAGAUCUACUUUUGUCAUCCUCACAUGUGGCCGCGACUCAAACCAUCUCAUCUACAAAACCGCCCCGAAGGACACUAACUGGAUACUUGUGGGCCCAGAGUUUCACGCACUACACCAUGUUUACCCGGAUCGUUAUAUGAGUUCGUUUAUCAAAGUCUUCGACAGGAUCUGGGGUACCGCCUACUCCUUCAGACGGAAGCGCUUUACGAUCACUGAGGGAAGCGGAGCAUUUACCCAAGGAAUCAUCAAAGAUCUCGAGCGUGAAGAAGGGGUAGCCUGCAUUCGCAAGUUGACGAUUGGGACUGAUUGGGAUCAUCAUGACUUUGGUAAAGUGAUACCAACUCUUUCAAACACCGACGUUUUGAUCCUAGCUCAUGCUUACGAUGGCGAGGACGCACUUGGCUCAAAUUGCGAUUCAGCUACCCGAUUUAUCAAAUUAUUCAAGCAGUGUAGAGCGACCAGGCCCGCCUGUCAGACACUUCCAGAAGUAUGGUACAUUGGCAGGGAGAUUGAUUUCCAUCCAUUCUGGAGAAAUGCACGGCCGCAACGUGACUCUCAGUCCAAACGAAGGACAUUCCUGCCGCACGCUCGUUCCUGUUUUGAUGACCCUGAUAUAAUUUACCGACAUAUCGUUCUACCCUCCUUUCUCUCAUCUGUGGGAAAUGCUGUAUUCUCUGCAGACUGGGCGGCCAGGUGUGCAAUGUGGUGGAUCCGACGAGGUGCUAGAUAUAUUCCCGUCACAUACACGGGAAUUGCGUGGUUGGACUAUUUCAAGUUUAUGUAUCGCAUUCCUUAUGCGACUGAUGCGGAUCAAAUGUAA